AUGCCCUUAUUCGAAGGUGAUGGCGGAAAAAGAAGAAAACGGAUCCGUAAACCAAAAACCGAAGCCGGUGUCUCCUUCAGUCAAGCUGUCCAGCUGGAACAUCAACAUAUCCUUCAGACCCCAUUGGCGCAACCAGCCAAUGAUAUACACCCAACCGAUCAUCCCAAUGAAGACUCAUCAGCUCAAGAAAACAACAACCAAACCUUCGAUCCCACUGGUCAGGACGACUUUGACUUUGGAGCUGACCACAUCGGAAAUAACGGUCUGGACCCCUUCCAAUCUGCACACCAACAGGAUUGGUUACCAUCGGACCACCAAGACAAUGAUCAUCUUACCAAUUCUCGUGUUCAGCAACUACACCGAUACUUUCAAAGUGAACAUUACAAACAAAAGAAGAUCCUAGAAGAGAAGAAUUGGGAAGAAGCAUAUCAGGAAAUGUUCUCAUCAUUCCAGCAGUGUGCGAUCAAAACCUUUGAAUGGGGUAACCCAAACCUAUGGAACCAUGAUUGGAACGAGCCCUGUAAUUGUAAUAAUCUUCGAUCAAGACCAGUGGUCUUGGUAGAUAUGUACAGAAGAACACAAACCGAAGUCUCAUUUUGCAAAUGCCAGUCAGACCAGGUCCGCCUUAUCAGGAUGGGUUAUAUUGGAGGAUCACCAAAAUUCCCCAGAACCGCAUUUUCCAUACGACUCUUGAGAUUCCAUCAUAUCAUCUGGAAACACUGUGCAGUAUCAAUCACACCUUUUUCAAAAGCUCUGGACGAGUUCCUCGAUUCAAAUAACCCUCUCAUUCUUGUAUCACCACCGACUUUGCAAUCUGAAAGCUGUUAUACUACCAGACAAUGGAGGCAAACCAUCUCCGCAGCAAUUGAUGCAUACCGGGAGAUGAUCAGGCGAGGACAGAUCAUAUUGGAAGAGCUCUUACAGAUGGGACCUAUGGAUAAACUUGCGAAUAUUUGUCCAAAGUGCUAUGGCCCCCCAGUUCCCGGAAAGACACCGGACGAGCCAGAUUAUAUUGUAUGCAUGGACGGAAAUUUUCAACAUCGUAGACACCUUGCAGCCAGCCAAGAACUUCAUCAAUCUCGCAAGCCUAACACCCUCUUCAUUUCUCCGGCCGAGGUUCAGGAAAUGGAAUUGAGUAUGGUAUCCAGUCGAAACACAUUGGCAGCAGAUGAAACCUUAGACCAAUGUACUGAACAACACACAGCAGCCAAUGAUACCAGGGGGGCUGCAACAUGGAAGGCUUGUGAUGACACUGGCAUCUUUGGGUUGGCAUGUCGUCAUGACCAAAUCUUGAGGCUAAUCAACAUAGUUCAAAGUGGUGAAAAGUAA